AUGGAGCCGCCUGCCAAGCGAGCCAGAAUUGCCUAUGCGCCCUAUGACGACGACGACGACGACGAGCUCAACCUGGACCCGGAGGAGCUCGCGGCCAAGCAGGACCCCGGCUACCAGCUACAGAGAUCCCGUGAGGUGGCGGCGCACAAGCUCAAGUCGACUUUUGAGAGCAUCUUUGAGAAGUACGAGAGGGACUUUACGGAUGUCGGCGACGAGAUCGACUUGAGGACCGGUGAGAUCGUGGUCGACAAUGGCCAUCUACGAUCUAUGCGAAGCGACGAUGAGGAGGAUCAGGAUGCUCCAGCCGGUCAGGGUCUAAUCGCUGCUAAAAGUACAGACGUCUUCAGAGAAGAAGACUCGUCUGACGAGGAAGAUCGCAUUCUGCAUGGUGGCAGGCCGGUCAAUGAGCCCUCGGCUAAGGAUGCAGCGCUCAUUGCAGCGCCUCCGGCGCAGGAUAGACAUGGCCAACUCACUCAGGCGUGGCCGAGGGCAUCUUCCCUUGCAGGACAAAAUCAGAGACCACCUGAUACGGGAUUUCCAUCACGGCUGCAAUUCAUGGGCAGGCCGCUCUCAUUUGCAUCAUUUGGCCCUCCUGCCUUCUCUGCCGAUCCUAUGUGGAGUGCCCCUGAGCUUCCCGUCCAGACAUUCACCAGCGGCUUCAGGCCUUUCUCCGGCAUCGGGAUGGUCAAGGCGCCUGUCACCCGGACCGUGAUCCGGAGGGCUCUUCCCAUGGCAGUUGAAAGUAUGGAAGACGAAGACGACAUUCUUCUCGGAGUUGUCGACAGGAUACCUAGGGAAGCAAAAACACCUCGAACGAAAUUAGCGGCUGGGUCUCGCACGACUGAACGCAGGAUUGGCGAAGCUAUCGGAGGAGCGGACCUGGAGAUGCAAGAGGCUGAUACAGCUCCACAGAUGGCCAUAAAGACCAAGCCUCAAAGUCUGCAGGGCAACAACGUCGUUGUCAAACAUGUGUCUCAAAAAUCAGGUCGAAAAUCGUUGUCUACGUUGGAGCAAGGGCCGAAUACAAUACCGCUUGCAAAACCCGGCUCGAAGCCGAAGCAGAAGACGUCACUGACGAAACGCGCGAAAGUCAAACCCGCUGUCGUCGUCGUGCAAUCCCCUUCGCUCUCUGGAGAACAGGCUCAAACGUUGGCAAACGAGGACGAGGAGACGCUUCCUGAGAUAUCCGCCACAGGAAAGCAACUUGUGAUUGCUAAUCCCCGCAAAAGGCGUCGCGCCAACUCACGGAAGGAAACUGUAGUCACCUCAAUUACAACCGGAGACAGUGAGCUGGUCCUUUCAACAAACUCUACCACCUUGCAAGGGGCCACCAAUGGCGAUGAAUCAGUCUCAAGACCUUUCCCUGCUGAGAGGCUUGUCAUCGAGCUUGAUCAUGGCCCAGAGCUUCCUGUUUCGCAGGUAGUCGAAGCUGAAGCAGGAGUUUGUGACAAGGACAACGCGGAAAAGCCCGGGGCAACAGUGAAGACUGGUUCCCAAGCACACCAGAGGACUACCACCCAGGAGACGUUCAAGAGGAACAUUCUGGAUCCCUCGUACGGCUUUUCAGACGACGAGGGUGGGCUGAUCAUACGGAGACCGACCAAGUCGAAAGACAGGCAGGCUACGAGUGCCAUGCUGCCUUCAGAAGGUGCACCAGUCGUUGACUUGCUCGAGGACAGCAAGUCCACCACGCAGAACAGCACAGCUGAAAUCAGAAGAAGAUCCAGAAAACAGAAAUUGGCACCAUUGGCCUCCUCUCCAGGUAGAGCGCCUACACAGGAUCAACAAGAGAGUAAUAAGCAGCAAGUCUCCAAGGCUCAAGCAAAGAACGCAAAGGAGCGUGCCGCAGAGACAGCCGACGCCGAACAGGAGCGCCAAUCCCCUUCAAAGCACCGCACAGCCUCACCGCAGAAACCUACCACCAAGGACUGCAUCACCGUGGUCGAUCCGACCACUCCCCAGACCCAGUCAAGAACUAGCCGUCUGAACAGCAAUUCUAACCCGCCGAGCUCUUCCAAGACUGGCAUCAUCUCCCUCAUCUCCGACUCGGAAGAAGACGAGCUGUCCUUCGAGGCCGGGGCCUCCUCCGCUUCCACAAAGCGCAAGCCCAUCCCUUAUCGGCCCAAGGCCGAUCCGGCCACCCGGCGCGUGCUGUUCGGCCACAACAGUGGAACGGCCUCAUCAUCAGCGGUGCAGCGGCCAGAAGAGAUCCAAGCCUGCGCUCGCAGCCUCGUACAGCUCGCCACUGGUCUCCAAGUCGGUCAGCACGCCGAGGCCGAGACGCGGCUCCGAAAACACGGCGGCCCAGCCGCUUUCGGCGCCGCAGAAAGGUCAGAAGAGAAGAAGCCUUGGUGCGAGAAGGUCCAGCAGUCCAACAGAGUCGCUGGUCAAGACGCCCGGCGGGUCGAUGAGGAGGUGCGGCGAGGAUGGGUUCAGAUGCGAUAG